ACUGUUUACAAACACGCGCCGUGCGUUUACGUUGUCGCUGUAACCACUCCUGCGCAUAUUCGGACUGGCGGCGGCGACGAUGCUGCUGGCGCUGCUGCUGCAUCUCCUCAUCUUCCACCUGCUGACUGCUAGAGAUGUGCCGGCGCGCAAGGACACCAACUUCGUGGUGCGGCACAUAGACUCCUGCCCCAAUGUCGGCUACUACUUCAAGCGGGAGACGCUGCCCAACUCCCUGGGCCCUGGACUCUGCUACCUGUGCUUCUGCCAGGGAGACCACACUGCCAUCUGCUGGAAGAGAGAGAAUAGAAGAUGUGAUAAGCUAAGCUUCCGUCAUCGGGAGAUUGGGAGUGUAGACUCAAGGAAAAGACGCAGCCCUGGGUUCGCUGACUUCUUCUUUCGAGAAGCAUCUAGAGAUUUUUUCAACAAAAACUCGCAACCGGAAUGCAAGCCGUUCGAGUCCAGUUUUAGUGAGGACUGUCCACCAGUGGACUGGUGCAUCGGGUGUACCGUGUGUGACUGCAAUGCUGAUGGGAAGUGGGACUGCCACGUCCUGAGCUUCUGCCAUGAUGAGAAAAAGCAAACAAAGGGUAAAAAAGGUGCGAAAAACAGUACCGCUAAAAGUCCUGUACGGACAACAAAAGCGUCACCAACAAAGAUAGCUGUGAAGCCGAAACCUAAACCUAAACCAGUGAAAAAGAGUAAACCACCAGUCAAAGCAAAGAACAAGCCACCAGCAGUGAUGAGACGCGGCGGCAACAAGACGCAACCACAACGACGUAUCAUUCGGAAGCCUUUACCACGCAGAAUGAAACUAACCCCAACACCAAUGAAAGGCAGAACACCAAUCAGAUAUAGAAAAAUUUCACCAGGAAAAUCAGCGACAACACAGAAGAUCAUCAAGAAAAACGUAGUGACACAUAAACCAAUAGAAAUCAAAACAACUAAACUAAAUCUAGAAAUGGUAUUGGCGCAAAAACUAAUGCAGAAAGUCAUGGGGAAACUAAGGAAGUCAGUAUCUGCUGAGUUGAGGAACAUGUCCGCCAUAGCGUUAGAUUUGGCUACACGGGCACAAAUGGAGAAUUACAAGAAGGCGGCUCUUAAGAAGAAAGGGAAACCAAAUCAGGCGAAAAAUAAACAACCAAAGAAGAACCCAGUCAAGAAGCCGACGUACAAGCCUCCAGGCAAGCCGUCCAAAACCACUCGGAACUAUAUCAGAAACAAACGAGAACUGAGCACUGCAGCCAUUUCUGUGAUACCCAUUAAUUCUACCAAAGGGAGUCAGCUGGCAGACGGAUCAAAUGACGGUAAGCCGUUAGCGCCCCCCAUGGACACCCGCAAUAUCAAAGGAGUCACAGAGUAUUAUUUAGAGCUACCAAAUAUCACAGUGGCACUUCCUAUGACACGAAUGCCGAGUAACUUGGCGGUACCUGAUAAUUAUAAUAUCUCACACAUUGUUGGAGGCAGUACACUUCCUGAAAAUGAAUAUUAUAAAUAUUCCGUCGGCAAUGAUGAACAUAAACCGAAAGGCAAUGCACCACUAUGGGACACCGGGACCACGCACGUUAAUAUUACGGAAACUGUAUUCGACCUCAUUGGUGCACCGCUGACUUCUUACGCAUCUACUGAGAAAGGUUUCAUAAUGAGCAAUAACACAAGAAUGAUAACAAACUUUACAGAAUUGGACCCUGAAAUGAAUGACUUGAAACAUACAAAAUGGUCACAUUUGAAAAUACUGAAGGAGAAGAAAAUUAACAUUCUAAAAUCCGAUAAACAUAAGAGUAUCGUGAAACUAAUCGCACACAAUGGCCGGAAUAGGAAGAUCAACAACCGGAAAUAUAACAUAGUUAAGGUCGUUCAUCGUACCUCUUGUACUUACAAAAGCUGCCUGAGUAAGAAUACUACCAACUCAACAGCUCACAAGAACUCAACUCCUAAGAACAAUACUGCCGGAGAUUUACAAAAUCUGCUCAAAAAAAUAAUGAAUGACUUUAACAGAACUCACGUAAACACCACAGAGUCAAAUAGAAAGAAAAAGAAGAAACUCAGCGUUCUAAGAUAUUUGAAGAAAAUCUUCAACAAAAUAUUUAAACGACAGAAAUCGGACCGACUGAGUAAACACCACCUUGUAGAGACAUUGUGUGAAAACUUCGGUCCGUGCAGAGUGAGCAGGAGGGACAGGUUUAAACUGAACGUUAAACUUGGAGAGCUGGAUCGGGAAACUACGAGAAUUCUAAAAUCUGUCAAAAUUAUUAAGGGUUUGUUAAAAAUGGUUGAAUUACCGAAAAGUUCAGAUACAGAUGUUUCGAAACAAGACAACUUGAAUGAUGACAUCAUAAAACUAAAUAACAUACUGAAAGGAAACUUCUCAUUCAAUUUGACAGACACUCAGACUACACAAGUAGAAUAUAUAAAGAAAAACACAGAGGAGUUUAUAACAUCUGUUCGCAAAUUCGCAAAGUUACUAAAUGAGAUAAUAUCAAUACUGAAUAAAGAAGAUAAUAAAGUUCACAAGAAAUUUGAUUUAGUUUUGACACAUAAAAGUAAUCCGAAACACAACCCAUUUCAAAGCCUAAGAAGUCUUCUUAUAAAAUAUAAUUUAGUUCAAAAUUCGUUCAUGAAACAGAUGUACGAGCAGUUGAAUAACUUUGAGAGUAACAUUCAUAAGAAGCCGAAGGUGAGUGCAGUCACGGGUGUCAAUAAUAGCGUAGAGAUAGAAAACUUUUCAAGAAAUAUCAUUCAAAAUCUCAGGAAGCUGAAGCGCCUGGCUCAAACCGUGAGCUCUAGUGGGAGGAUCAAGAGGGAACUCUCGAGAGAUGAUGACGCUAUAGAGUAUCUGUUGAUGCUGAUGGAGUAUUUGAUCAAGCAGAAUCAUCCGUUGGACGCUGCACCAGCAAACGAUGGCAUAGAUUUAUUAAUAGAAGCAAUAAAAAAUGCACCAGAUAUAAAACCUAUCAAGAAGAAAGUGCUAGAGUACACACCCGCUACUUACUUUGAAACCACAACAUAUCCUACUACUGUACCUAUAAUGACAGAGAAUACCUUUAAUGACGACGACAAUCCUUCUGAUAGUGAAAAAUCUUCCAGUGAAGAUAACGCUAAAAUGAAAUUAGAAGAAGCCGAAGUAAAAUUAGACGAAAACAAGGAAUUCGUUGACAUGGUCGCGGAAGACGAUAAAUAUCCAGAAGAAAAUAAUCAUUACGACCGUCGUGCUGGAAACAUGAAAAUGGACGAAGUCACUGAAAUGUCUUAUUUUAACAGACUUGAGCAAAAUAUUGCAGAACCAGAAAAUUUAAUAGGAACAACUACACCUAUGCCAAUGGAGAUGGAUAAUAGCGAAAAACAGGACAGUCAAGAUGACGUCAAUAUGGAAAAGACACUUGCUAUAGAGCAAAAUAAUUUAGAUAAAUCCGUUAUAGCUGAAUCUAGAGCCAGAGCUAGAGCUAGAGCUAGAACUGGAGUCGGAGUUGGAGGUGAAGCUGACACUGCUGGGGCUGAAAUUGAUGUUGAAACAGCAGCUGAAGCUGCAGUUGCUGCUCAAGCUGGACGUGGAGGUAGAGUUGUAGCUGCAUCUGAUGCUAGAGCUGCCGAUAUCAGUGAUACACACGAAAAGAAAUUUGAAGUGCUGGCAGGAGACAUGGAUGAAGAACCUCAUUUUUCAACUGCAGCUCCAAUCCCAGAAACUGAGCCACCAAUAACUGUGACCACUGAAUUGUAUACAACUCAAACUGUAAGAUCCAGAACAAAAAUGAGGCAUCUAAACUUAGAGUCGUAUGACAGCGAGAGUCUUGAUAAGAAAUCAAAACUGGAAUGGAUUGAGGAAAAUUUUGGAAGAGAUAUUCCAAAAGAUACGACCAAUUUUGAUGAAAGUCUUAAUGCAACCACAACAGUAUAUAAAACUGUGACACCCCCAACAUCAACAGAAACACAAGUUACUGAUAAGUCAGACGCCAGUAAUUUAACUAAAGAAGUGGCUGAGGAAACAGAUAAGACCAAGAAGAAGACAGAAAAGCUGAAUGCUGAGGAUGUAAUGUUGAGGAAGCAGAUGGAUUUAUUGAACUCACUAGACUACGGCACUGAGAAAGGAGAAGUAUUUGAAUCAGACUCGAAGGAUCCUAACGCGGAUGACAGAUACUCAGGCGACACGUUUCCAUCGUAUUUCAUUUAGAUAUAGAUAGUGUUACUGGUUAACUGUAGAACAUGAUUUGUGAGUGAAUGGAGAUCUAUCAUUUUAUGUUUAUUGGUAGUGAAUUUAUAUUUAUGUGAACUUGGGAUUUUGAAUGAGAGAGUGAGAAUGAUCUUUGAAGUUUUUGCAAUAAUGAUUGUUGAUUAUAUUUUAGCAUGUUUCCAACUCAUUACAUACUUUGAACUAAGUAGAAAAUAUUUUAUUUGACUUAGUGAUGAAUGAGUUUGGAUUAUAGGAACUUCUUGCAAAUGUACGAAUGCCUGAAUUGCAAUUUUGAUGCUGCCAUUUGUAUAGUUCGUUCAUGUUCUACAGUUAAGCAGUGUUUAAGUUAUAAUAACUUGUAUUAACGCCAUAUGAAUAGCAAUUUGUUAUAAUUGUACAUACAUUACGAUUACUCGACGUUACCUCUAGUUCAAUAAAUUAUUAACAUUGUU